UAGUGUUUAGCAACACCCCAGUUUCGUCUGAUCUUCUGUUUUUUCUCAGGAAUUAUUUUUAGAGCAUUAUUGUUUGUUGUAAAUCAAAGCCGAAUUAUUAAAUUUUAUUUAAACAUUAAAAUGGAUUUACUUGGAUCAAUUUUAAAUAAAAUGACUAAGCCUCCGACUGUAGGUGAACAGCAAAAGAAAGCUAUGCAAAAGCAACGAGAAGAUAUACUCAAAAGACAAGAACAAGAAAGGGUACAGCUUAAAAAUUUUCAGAAAAAAAUAGAGGCUAAUAUAGACAGUUUUGCUAAAGAUAAUACUCUGGAGAAAUUAACUUUGCAGCCCAUGAACAAAAUGCAGCGCGGCAUAGUCCAUGAAAUUGCUGAGACUGCAGGCCUUUCUGCAUUUUCAUUUGGAGAAGAAGAUGUUGACAGACACGUGGUUGUCUAUAAAAAAGAAUUUACUCCAGGCCCAGAUGAAUUAAAUGCUUACAGAAAGGGUAUACCAUGGAAUCCAGAUUCAGUCAAACAGAAUCCUGAACCUGAAGAUGAGGAGGACGAGCAACCAGCUUCAAAAAGUGACAGUACAGUAUCGUCAGCUCAAUAUGUUAACAAAUACGAUCGGUUAAUCGGUAAAGAAGCAGUAAAAGAUGCUGUUAAAGUUACUCAGGUAAAUCGAAAAUACGGUUUUGUUUCAUCCGAGAACAAAAAAGAUCAACGCUCCAUCGAGCAAACAUUGGCCGACAUUCGUGCCAAAAAAAGGCAGAAGACGGAGUAACUUCACCAAGAGGAUUUCUCCAACAUCCGCAUGUGAAUAUUAGUUUACCAUUCGACUUAUGUAUUGUAUUGGACUGCAAUUCAAUUUGACUAACCACAA